GACGGAUGUGGCCUGUGGGGACCACUUGUUGAAAAAAUUCUGACAGAUAAAUCGUGAUAAAACAACCAAAUGGAUUAAAAGACAUAAGAAUACUGUACUACGCGACACAAAUCUAAUAUUUCAAAAUAAUCUUUUCCGUCUAAUUAAACUUCGACAUGGACGAUAGUAUCUACAUUCCGAGUACUGCUGAAUCGGUCAAAGUGACAAAUGCCAUCAAUCCUUUUCACAUCAGAAUUCGUCGAACAGAGAAUUACGCUGCAGAGAUAGUUCGGCUAGAGAAAAAAUUACACAGGAUAGCAAAAGCCAAUUUACAGAAGUAUGGAGACCAUUUGCGCCCACAAAUUGGAGAUCUGGUGAUCAUUGACAACAGGGGCAGUUUUAACGCUGAAUUACCAGGUUGGUGUUGCAGAGGAAUUGUUGGAUCAUUCAAUACCAAUAAUACAAAGUACAGAGUCUUCUUACCUGAUCAUGGCAUAGCACUGGAAUUCUGGAUGGAAGAAUUGAAAAUCCUACCACCUGCUUCCAUAUCUGAUGAUUUUUUAACGUCAUCUAUUGGCAUUAACGAUAUAUUGCCAAUCACUGCAGGAGAUGAAAUUGCCUGUGUUUCAGAAUUUUGGAGCAACAGUGCUAUAGAAUUUACUAAAAAAAUCAUAGGUGCAUCUACUCAGACAUACUUUGAUUGUCUCUCUUUUGACAAGUAUGGAAAUAAAUUUGGUGAACUUUAUUUGAUCGUAGAUAAUGAGAUUGUUGUUCUCAGCGAAGCACUGAUUUACAAUCAAUUUGCAACAGCUAUAAAUGCUGAUUUGAUCGAGAUAAUUGGAAACACUGAUAUAUCUAGUAGAGUAUCAGUUGAGAGUUCUCCAGUAAAAACAACAAAAGAAACUACGUCGGAAUUACAUAGAAAAAAUUUAGAUACAUUUGACCAUAAUAAAAGGCGUAACAAAAAUAACGCUGUUUACCCACAUGCAUUCAAUGGAUCACCAAAAGGCAAUUCCUGUGUUAAUUCCAAUCAUGAAAUACUGGUAUGUAGUGAAAUUCUUUGUGAGCAGCUUACAUCAGUGGCUGAAGCUGGGUUCCCUGAGAAAAUACAUAAGACACUGCGCUCAAUGAAAUUUGUGAGACCAAUGCGCCUCCAGGAAUAUGUCUGGCCUGCAAUAUUCAAAGGCUUGAAUGUUGUAGCAGUUAAUUCUCCGGGAUCCGGAAAAACAUUCUCGUAUCUUGUACCAAUAACCAGCUUGGUUGCUGCCAACGAAAUAUACCCAAAGUUAUCUGGAGUCAAUGGGCCACUGACAAUAAUACUAUGUGUAUCUUCCUGUGAUGUUUUUCAUGUGCAUGAGAAAUGUAAGCGAAUAUUGAAGGAGUAUCCCCAAAUACGAAUGUUAACGGCUUUUAAUGGGAUGCCAGAAAAAAACCUUGUGAUACAAUUAUACAAUGGUUGUGAAAUUCUCAUUUCCACACCUCCGUGUCUGAAGAGAUUGAUCAAGAACAAUAGGAAGUUGUUGAACCUGAAACGACUAUCUCACGUAGUCUUUGAUGGAGCAGACGUGAUUCUUGAUAGAUAUCGCGAGUCGUUGGAAGAAAUAUUCAAAGUUAUAAAGAAAGUUCAAAAUGGACAUUGCAAGUUACCUGGCUCAAUGCCACUGCAACUGAUAACAAUUGCACGGCACUGGACCCCUGCCAUGAGGACCCUCACUGAAGCAUUCAUCGAAGAUCCAUAUGUCUGUAUUGGAUCAUAUAUGGAAGCAGUGAUCUAUGCAGCUUCCAGUCCAAUGUUCAUUAUGAAACCCAAAGAAGAGAAGGCUGCAAAAGUUGUUGACUUACUUGGAGCAAAAUGGCGGAUGCUCAAGACAGUAAUAGUAUGCACAACCCCACAUGAAGCAAGGGAACUCUCCCAAUUUCUUAAAUCAGCUUCUAUCGAUAUCCUUAUCGUUCAUGAUGAGAUGAUUUUCACUCAUAUACAAGGUAUCAGAGAGUCCUGGAUGGUGAAAGUGUCAGGUAUGUAUUCUGUGCUUGUUUGCACAGACCAGGUCCUCUCAGACUUGAAUAUCAGGGAUGCAGAAUUACUGAUCCACUAUUCGCUUGCCUCAAAUACGAAGACUCAGUUCUUCUACAGAUUUUCAACACUGGCUAACAAUUUUUCUUCGCAAACGCGCGAACAGGAUCGACCAAAGCCCAGAUUCAUUAUGAUAGCUGAUGAAAGCAAUGACGCCCAGUUAUACGCAAUUAUCAAUAUUAUGCGAAGGCUCGGGAUCGCAAUGAAGCCAGAAAUAGAAGCUUAUUGCGAGCAAAUAUUUAUAUCAAUGGAAAUGGCAAAGACUGAUCACCAAUUAUGUGAAAAUCUUAAAGCCUUUGGGUGCUGUCCUUGGAGGGACGCCUGCACAAGUAGACAUUGUAUUGUGCCUGAAAUUGAUGAACCAUCCACACAAAUCAAAGCUGGUGAUUAUGUAAAAUUCGUUAUCACAUCUAUACAUAGUGCCAAUCACUAUUCAGCCAGAGUCGUAGAGUACACAAAGGCAAACACAAAUGAAAGAGUAAUAUUUUCAUUCGAGGAACUUGCUAAACUCUCCAUUGAGUUACAGAAUCAUUAUGCAGAUCCAACUAGAAGAAGAUCAGCUAGAGCGGUGAAUGUCGGUCACAUUUGUGCUGUGGAAGAGGCUCCAGGAAAUUAUAAAAGAGUCAAGAUUUUGUCGGCGAUAGACAAUGAAUCAUCCAAUAUCCAAGAUGUGGAAGUGCGUUGCAUAGAUGACGGAGACAUAUCUUUUGUCAAAAUUUGUCAGCUACUUGAAGUUCCAGACGAACUUGCACAAUGGCCAUCUCAUUUUGUAGACAUCUAUCUGACAGGCAUUAUUCCAUUCGAUGAGGAGCCUACUUGGAGUCCAUGCGCCGAUCGAAUGGCUUAUACUUGGCUACAAGAAAAUGUGACUCAUUCAACAUCAUCCGUUUUCGGAAAGGUUUUGCUUCACCUCAGUCAUAUCCUAUGGAUCGAUCCCUUAGAGGUAAGGGAUAAAUUGGCCAAUGGUUAUCCAGACUUAAUUAAUUCCUCACUGAAAAAAACAUUGAUUACCAAUAAGUGUGCCAUGGAGAAUGAAGAGCACAUCAAGAAUCUACUCGCUCAUUGUAAAACCAGCGAAGUAAGCAAUUAAUGAUAUAAUUCAGUUAGUAACUUGAACAAUCCUGCUCCAUGGAAAAAAAAUAAAUGAAUAUAUCCGGGAUAGGUAUGCAGGAUUUAUUUUAAAAGUUGUCAAAUGCAACUUCAAUCCCAUCACUCAUCAUUCGUAAUAAAAUAAAUACCUUACGGUAAUAUAAUGUACAUGCAUUACAGUAUUUUCUAUGAUACAUGUGCAUUCUGAUUAUUUCUUGAAGGGUGUAUCCUAGUUGAUUUCGAUGUUGACAUACGUAUUUCCAAAUAUCGAAGUCCACGUAUCUCAAACGCGAAAAAGGGAAAUUUCCAUUCUGUAUGUAAUUCGAAAAGAAAAACAAUUAAAUACAUUUUCAUUUGACGCAGAACCAAAGAAAUGGCAUUGUUUCUACAGUAAAUAAUGUAAUCAUAAUUAUAAAUUCGUAGAAUUCAUGUCAUUUCUGUUUCAGAUGAAAAUGCGUUGGAGUGUUUUUAUUCAGAAUUGCAUAUAAAAUGGGACUUUUUGCAUUUGAGAUACGUGGACUUUGAUAUGUAGAGAUAAAUACGUCGAAAUCUACUAGGGCACCCCCUUAAAACAUAACAAAAGAUUUGUUGAUUAGAUGUCAUCUAGGCUGGGGUGAAUCAGGUAAUAGUUAUUACCAUGGCGUUAUUAAUGCAUCUUCAGAUAAUAAACUCGUGAACAACUUCAGAUACAACAAUGAUCCCUUGAAUCAGGUUUCUCUGACCAAUAGACAUGACCUUAUUCCUUGUUUUCACUAUUGCGUGUUAGUUCAC